AUGUCUGCAGCCUGGAUCCCAGUUCUCUGCCUCGGUGUCUGCCUGUUGUUGCCCAAGCCCGCGGGCAGCGAGGGAGCCGUUCCCAUAGCUAUCACAUGCUUUACCAGAGGCCUGGACAUCAGGAAAGAGAAAGCAGAUGUCCUCUGCCCAGGGAGCUGCUCUCUUGAGGAAUUCUCUGUGUUUGGGAACAUAGUAUAUGCGUCUCUAUCAAGCAUCUGUGGCGCGGCUAUCCACAGGGGAGUAAUCAGCAACUCAGGGGGACCUGUGCGAGUGUAUAGCCUACCAGGUCGAGAAAACUAUUCCUCAGUUGUGGCCAAUGGCAUCCAGUCUCAAACACUUCCCAGAUGGUCUGCUUCUUUCACGGUAACUAAAGGCAAAAGUGGUUCCCAGGAAGCCACGGGACGAGCAGUAUCCACAGCACAUCCACCAUCAGGUAAACGACUAAAGAAAACACCUGAGAAGAAAGCUGGCAAUAAAGAUUGCAGAGCAGACAUUGCAUUUCUAAUCGAUGGGAGUUUUAAUAUUGGGCAGCGUCGGUUUAAUUUACAGAAGAACUUUGUUGGGAAAGUGGCUCUGAUGUUGGGAAUUGGAACAGAAGGACCACAUGUAGGCCUUGUUCAAGCCAGUGAACACCCAAAAAUAGAAUUUUACUUGAAAAACUUUACAUCAGCCAAAGAUGUUUUGUUUGCCAUAAAGGAAGUAGGUUUCAGAGGGGGUAAUUCCAAUACAGGGAAAGCCUUGAAGCAUACAGCCCAGAAAUUCUUCACGGCAGACACUGGAGUGAGAAAAGGGAUCCCCAAAGUGGUGGUGGUGUUUAUCGAUGGCUGGCCUUCUGAUGACAUUGAGGAAGCAGGCAUUGUGGCCAGAGAGUUUGGUGUCAAUGUAUUUAUAGUUUCUGUGGCCAAGCCUAUCCCUGAAGAACUGGGGAUGGUUCAGGAUGUUGCAUUUGUUGACAAGGCUGUCUGUCGGAACAAUGGUUUCUUCUCUUACCAUAUGCCCAACUGGUUUGGCACCACCAAAUAUGUAAAGCCUCUAGUACAGAAGCUCUGCACUCAUGAGCAAAUGAUGUGCAGCAAGACCUGUUAUAACUCUGUCAACAUUGCCUUCCUCAUUGAUGGCUCCAGCAGUGUUGGAGACAGUAAUUUCCGCCUCAUGCUUGAAUUUGUUUCCAACAUAGCCAAGACUUUUGAAAUCUCUGACAUUGGCGCCAAGAUAGCUGCUGUACAGUUCACCUAUGAUCAGCGCACAGAAUUCAGUUUCACUGACUAUAGCACCAAAGAGAAUGUCCUAGCUGUCAUCAGAAACAUCCGCUAUAUGAGUGGUGGAACAGCUACUGGUGAUGCCAUUUCCUUUACUGUUAGAAACGUGUUUGGUCCCGUGAGGGACAGCCCCAACAAGAACUUCCUAGUAAUUGUCACAGAUGGGCAGUCCUAUGAUGAUGUCCAAGGCCCUGCUGCUGCUGCACAUGAGUCAGGUAUCACCAUCUUCUCUGUUGGUGUGGCCUGGGCACCUUUGGAUGACCUGAAAGACAUGGCCUCUAAACCCAAGGAGUCUCAUGCUUUCUUCACGAGAGAGUUCACAGGAUUAGAACCAAUUGUUUCUGACGUCAUCAGAGGCAUUUGUAGAGAUUUCUUAGAAUCCCAGCAAUAAUGGUGAUAUUUGACAACUGAAAGAAAAAGUUCAAGGGGCUCUAAUGUAUGAGUUGUAUUCUCUUAAUACUGAAUAUAGCACAUAAUAGGAUCAGAUACAAAACUAUUAAAGAUGUCAACAGCUGUUUUAAGCAAAUAAGCAUUCAAAGCCACUACCUUCUGAUUACAAUUUAUAGACUUUGUUCAAAACACUCUGCUGAGGCUUCUUAAUCAUGACCCUUAGAAACUCAGAAAAGAGGUAUCAUGGAUUUAAAUCUAUUCUAAUAUCCCUACUAAAUGUAUAGCUCAAUAAAAGAAUCUGAUACUCAGACCAACAGCAACACUCCUCCUUCUCUAAUCAUUUCUGUAUUGGAUAUAUAAAAUGAAACUCCAAUACAAACCAGUUCUUAAAAACAUAGUUUAAGUAUGAACAUUUUGACCCAAGUAGAUGUUUUCUUAAAACCAAUGAACAGUAAAAUAGUUGUUACUUCGACUACACAACCUACAAUUAAAAUGUUAAAUUUUGGAUGAUAUGGAAAGGAAUCGUGUAUCGAGCUUUUUUCUAGUGUAUUUUCACAAUUUAUGACUGAAAAUAUCACACUGAACAAGAUGGCAGGAUUGCCUGGUAUUUUUCUAUUUAUAUCCUUAAUUUUAAUUAGACAAUUUUAUAUGUGUAUAGGUAUAUUUAGCUUGCAUUCUAGAAGUCAUCCAUGUACUGAAAAUAAAAAAUGUUAAGUUGGUAAAGCUUUUACUUAUCGCUUAUAUUUCAAGCAUUUAGCUUUAAAGAAAAAAUACACUGCAAAUAACAAAACUGCAGGAAAAAUUACUGUAGUUUGAAUAUUUGAGAAAUAAAAAUUGCUAGUGACUUAUUCUAAGCUGCCUUUUAUUAUUGCAAUUGUCUGUCCCUAAGAUAUGGUAAAAAUUCAGUAUUCACUAGUUCAUGUGGAAAAACCAAUCUGAAUUUUUUUUUUAAAUCAUGCAAUGCCAAGUAUCGGGUUUUUCUUUUUUCCUUUUACUCAUUUAUUGAAAGCCUACUCUGUAUUAGGCACUGUUCUAGGCCUUAUACACAACCAUUACCAGGUUAAACAGUAUGAGAGAUGCUUUUGGGUACUUGCUUCAACAAAAAGAAUGUUUUGUACUUAACACUGCUUUUACUUAUAUGUGCUCCUGAAGUUGCUUUCAAAGGAAGGUGAACAUCAAAACUCCCUUAAUGUGACUUAGAUGCUUAGCUUGACAAGGCUGCUCCGUAGCAGAGGUGCUCUAUCAUCCUGUCCUGCCCGUCUUCUCUAAAGGCAGGACCUGUCCUCUCUCUCAUUUGCCUGCAAACCCUACCUCCCUUUAAACAUAUACAGAUCUUAUCUGAAGUGGUUUACAAUCAAACAGUUGACCUGAAAAAGGUGUUAGCUGGUUGGAAUAAUAUAUACUCCAGUAAAUCUUUGGGUCUAACAAUUUAUAGCCUACAAAAAAAGGAAUGAAAUAUGUGAAGGGAGAGGCAGAACUGAAAUUGCCCUUGACACUACAUAAACAUUUGAUGGAGUCUGGGAAGACAACUCCCCUACCCCACAAAAAAGCUGCAAAUAUGAUUGAUUCAUGUAACAAGAAUUUUAAUUAGACAAAAAUGAGUUUAACUUGACAUGAUUUUUUUCCCCAUUAAAUAGACCACAAAUUCUUGGCUGGGAGUAUUAUCCCUUAAAAGCCCUUUAAAAAAUGUUUUUCCUUAAUUUUAUAAAAGUUCUGAGGCACUUGAGGUAACCAGAGCAGCUAAUAUUUUUAGUGACUUAAAGAGCAGCAAGAGCAGAAAUCAUCACUUAAUAAUUUACGAUCAGUUAUUUUAUCAAGAAAAGAUCAGGAUAAAGGAUUAACAACUAAAAGGUGGUAAUAGAGAAAUUAUUUUUAAGAAGGUUUAUUACAGCUGGGUGCGAUGGUGCAUGCCUGUAGUCCGAGCUAUGCAGGAGGCUGAGGCUGGAGAAUUGCUUGAGUCCUGGAGUUCUGGGCUGUAGUGCGCUUUGGCAAUCGGGUGUCCACAUUAAGUUUGGCAGCGACAUGGUAACCUCCCAGGAGCAGAGGACCACCAGGUUGCCUAAGCAGGGGUGAACUGGCACAGGUCGGAAUCGGAGGUCAAAACUCCUGUGCUGAUCAGUAAAAAGAUCUACUACAAUCCAACUUGAGCAGGCAAGCCUAAAUUUCAAAUACUCUAAUCCAUUUAUAAUUUUUAAUGCGGUAAAUGAGAUGUUAGUCUUCAGUGGCUAACUUACUUAGUUUGAAAUAUGAGAAAAGCAUAUGAGUCACUAAAAUAAGAAAAAGAGGCAGAAUAUGAUUACAUGCCGAAAAAAAGGUCAGCAUAUCAAGGUUUGUAUAUAAAACGACUACCCUUAACAUAGUAUAAAGCAGAAUUUAAGUAACACACAAAUGAAUCUACAUAACUUCCAAUAAAUCAAACAUGAAAGUACAUAAAAUGAAAUACGACACUCUUUUUCCAUCCCUUCAGCCUCUUCCAAAUGUUUAAUAUUGUGGAGAAAAAUACAACCGAAGUAGAGACAAAAAUAAACAAUUUUUAUCCAUUUUAGUUUUAAUACAUUCCAAAAGAGGUGAAUGUUUAUUAUGCAUUGCAAUGAUAAUCACAUUUCAGCUAAACAGUAAUGCAUUGGUUUAGAAUAGCUGCCAGAAACAAUACUAGCUUUGGAAAAGCAGAUUCUUAAAUUAUUUAAAAAACAGAAAAAAGAAGAAAAGUGCCCUUUUAAUUUUUUCACUAGUUGAAUCUUCAGUUCAAAAAACAAAACAAAAAUUGAUUUUUCUUUUUAAUUUCUAAAAAGUUUUAGUGUUUUAUCAGCAAUAAUGAAACUUCCACUUGGAUUUUUAUAGUAUAUGACAAAGUUUCUCAAAUUUACACACAAUGUAAAUUUUUU